AUGGAUUCUAGGAGGAGGAGAAACCAAGGAGAAGAGCAAUCAGUAACUUGGUUGGAAAGUCUCUCAUCUGAAAUCAUCGUCGACAUACUUUCCAGGCUUCCUCUUUCCUCUGCGGUGCAAUUCGGGUAUGUAUGCCGCUCAUGGCGUGUACUAGCACGUAGUCACCUUGAUACUUUGCAUAGGCAGCAUAGCUCUAACAUAGUUGCAAGCCUAGGCCUCAUCCUGCACUGUGAUCAUCCCAUUAAAAAUGAGCUUUACUUUGUCGAUUACCCUUCUAACCAUGAUGGCAAGAAGAUAGCAGAAAAGAAAAUUGACAAACCAUUCUGUGCUUUAAUGCCUGAGUUUGAUGUGCUGCCUAGGACCACCCAGUAUCCUAAUCGACAUAGACAUGUGGUAUUUGGAUUUGGGUAUAGUCCCUUGACUAAAGUAUACAAGGUAGUGAAGAUAACCUAUUACAAUGGUCAUGGAGAGUACUAUGGUUAUAGAGAUUGCCGGACUUACUACAAUAAAUUUCCCCGACUAUCCGACGUUCAGAUUUUCACAACAGGAAGACCUAUCUGGAGAAGUAUAGGCAGUGCAUCUCACUACUUGGAUUCGUCACCAGCACAGACAUUGGCCAAUGGAAGACUUCAUUGGGCCACUUGGACCUCACGCAGACUGCGAUCUGGUGGCCAGCUCGUCUCGUUUGACCUAUAUGAUGAGCAAUUCAGAGAGGUUCCAACGCCUGAGUUUGGAAGCAGGAGGUGUAUUCAUCCUCUGGUUGUAGGAGGUUGUCUUGCUGCAGUUGGUUUGUCCAUAAUUUGGCAAUUAGAUAUAUGGGUUAUGAAGGAGUAUGGUGUGAGAGAAUCAUGGGUCAAAGAAUGGAGCAUAGGAAGGCACAUUCCGCAGACACUGGAACAAAAGCUUGAUGACGAGGUUGGCAACUACCGACUCUGGACGAUAUCCAGUAUAGCAGACAAAGCAAGAGAUGUGGUUAUUCGGGUUUUGAACGUUACGGAGAGUGGCCAUAUCUUGUUGGAGUACAAAAGUAGGGCUCUAGUUCUUUAUGACCCAACUAAUGGAAAUUUUAUAGAGCUGGAAUUUGAAGGGAUGCCAAGAUGGUUUCAAACUUUUGUUCAUCAGGGCAGACUCGAUCAAGUUGAUACCAUUUUUAACAGGUGA